AUGACCGUGGCACAAUCACGUACUCUGCUGGGCAACCCUGGGCAUCUUUUCGUGCUUACCGUUUCCGGCCGCUCACAUUCCCGUGCUGGCACCGUGGGCGUAACGAUCGAGAUCGGAAAGAAGAGUCUCUCUGCCCUGAGAAUCGACAUUGUGACAGGACAGGCAGAUAGAACGGCCUUUCACUGCUGGCGUUGA